AGGGAUUUUCAUCUUAAAAUCUUAUAAAAUAUAAUACAUAAUUUCUGUUUGACUUAUAUAUUAUAUAACGAUUAAGAUAUGGAUAUUAAUUAAAAUAAAAUGUACAUACAUACUUAAGCUUUAUUAAGUAUAAAGAAUUAAACCUCGAACAUAGUAAUAUAACAGAUGUGUGUAAAUAAAUAUAUGUAAAUAAGUAAUGAAUAACUUUAUGUCUAAGUAUCAUUUGUAAGAAAUGUUACUAAAUAUAUCGGCAGAAAUGUCCAAAUUUCUAUUGAAUUCAAUUAGAUUGUUUUUAAUUAAGAAUAACAGUAAUGUAAAUCAUUAUGUUCAAAGUUUUCAAAGUUUUAGUAAUAGUUGUACAGAUGAUGAAGAUGGGAAGGAAAAGAAAAGAAAGACUCAAAGGAUUCCCAAAAUUACGCUUAUACAUACAGAUAAAUCUAUUUCUGUCAUGCCAUUAGAGGACGCAGAAAAAUUAGCUAAAAGGCGAAAUCUUGAGUUAAUGCAUGUAUCAAAUACAUCUAAAAGUGGUAGAAAUGUUUAUGAACUUGUAAGUUCUUCAAAGAUUGACAAGAUUACAAGAAAUGUAGCAGUAACACAUAAAAAUGUACCGAAGAUAAAGUCUGCUAAGCUAUUUACUAUAAAACAGAAUAUUAUGGAUUAUGAUUUAAAUAUAAAAAUCAAUAAUAUUAACAGAACGUUAAAAAAAAAUUAUAAGGCUAAAAUAGUUUUUUCUCAUCCUAACGGACUUCAGGAAGAGAUGAUAGAAGAAACGAAAAAAAAGAUACAGGGAGUUAUUUCAGGAACACAGACGAGAAAAGGUAAUACCAUACUUGUAUAUAGUCCUUUAUUAAAAGAUGAAAAUAUUUCUUCAAAAGACGAUGUUAAUGAUAAGUAAUGUACUGAAAAAGUGGGAAAAUUAAUAAAAUCUUUCAUAAUUUUAUAUGACAGUAUAUUCUAAUAAAUGAUAAAUUAAAAUUUAUUGUAUCAUAUAUGGAUCUGUCUUAUAAAAUUGUGUAACAUAAAUGAAUAUUAUGUACAUAGGACAAGUUAAAAUAAA